GUAGAGCGAGCAGGAGAGCGAGCGAGAGAGGGAAACACGGUCACACUCACACACCCCUCUAGGAGCUCUCGCCGGAUAGACCACUCCACAUGGCUGGAAGAAGAACACAGUGGAGUUAACACUGGAGAGAGAGAGAGAAGGAGCGAGAGACACUGGAUCAUAGUGGAGUGUACAGCACUGUGUACGGAGCCUAUCAACUAGGAUUCAUUCAUAAAGAGACGGAAGACAGAAGCUUCUUCCACGAAAGUAUACAAUUGGAGGAAGACUGGAGACGAUUGGGAAGGACCACCUGUGUAGGAUGUCGCUUAGGGUCCCCAGAUGUUCAGAAACAGCCCUGUAGGUGUUGCCUGCAAAGAUCGCUUGACGCCUUCUGUAUGAGCAUUUGAGAUCCUCGCACGAGUACAGCAGCUGUGUAAGACCAUGAGGUGUGUGAACAGAGACGAGCCGCUGUGGAGACCCCAGUGAUGCCAGUGUUGCACUUCAGAUGCUAAACCAUGGGGAACGUGGAGAGCCAGAAUGGAGAUCAUGCCUUCUACGGUGAGCAGGUCCACCUGUCCCGCAAGCACACAUCCCGGUCACUCCGGAUCUCCAACAAGCAGUCGCGUCGCUCUCGCCACGCCUCGUCCAGCAAAGCGGAGCACCGCAGCUCAGAGACCAGCACACGGUCCAGCAGCACACCCAGCAUCCCACAGUCUUUGGCUGAAAACGGCCUGGAGCCAUUUGACGGAACGGAUGCACUGGAAGAGUUUGGAGACUCUAUCUGGGUGGACCAGGUGGCCAUGAACUUGCGGCCUAUGUCCUUCCACGACCACCCAGGUGGCGACCCUGUCACCACACCUGGCUCGGAGGACGGUGGGGACACGGUGGUGGGAGAUGGAGAGGAUGAUGAGGGCCUGUACACGGGGGAGGAGACAUACCUUCAGAGGGUGAGUGAUGCACCUGGGGACGGUGGCAACAGCUUCAAGAAGAAGCGCUCCAAGUCUGCGGACAUGUGGCGCGAGGAUUCGCUGGAGUUUUCACUGUCUGACCUCAGCCAGGAGAACCUGACCAGUACAGAGGAGAUCAUCCAGGCUACUCAGGAGGAGGAAGGAGACUUCCACAGGGGACACGAUGGUCACUCUGGAGAGAGGGCCAACUCUUUGGACGAGCUAUGCACCCAGAAAAGCACCACACUCCGUGGCUCUCGGAACCGCUAUAAGUAUGGCCGUGAUGGCGAACGGACCGUGGGGGGAGAAAUGACUGAUGAGAUGCUGUCACCAGGAGAAGAAGACAAUGGCGGGUACGGAGCAUAUACACUGCCCUGCCGACGCUCCCACUGCUUGUCUGAAGGUCCUCCCAGUCACCAGGGGGUGCUGUGUUCUAGUAUGCAGGGACGGCGGGCACAGACUUCACAUGACAUCACGGCAGGUGAGGGCAGUGAGUACGGAGACAGCGGCAUCGACGGCGUGGCAACUGAAGUCGAGCCCCAGUCCCGGCGCUGCAAGGCCAUGUCCGCCUCCUUCUCCGUCUACUCAGCGGCCAGUGGCAGCGUGUUUGCAGGCAGCGACAGCGGCAGCAGCAGCGGAGGAGGAGGCACCGAGCGGCCAGGCCGAGACCAGGGCGUGUACGAGAACUUCCGGCAGGAGCUGGAGUUGAACUCACGGCAGACGCGUGAGAGCCUGGAGGAGGCGGGGUCAGCUGUCAGCGAUGAGAGGAGCAGCGGCACCAUGAGCUCUGCCUACCAGUCAGAUGCUCUGCUUAACAUGGCACAGGGCACGGUGCGCAAGGCUGGCGUGCUGGCCGUCAAAAACUUCCUGGUGCAUAAGAAGAAUAAGAAGGUGGAGCCGGCGACCAGGCGCAAGUGGAAGCGCUACUGGGUAUCGCUGAAAGGAUGCACUCUGUUCUUCUUUGAGACUGAUGGGCGCUCAGGGAUCGAUCACAACAGCAUUCCAAAACAUGCAGUAUGGGCUGAGAACAGCAUCGUCCAGGCUGUUCCAGAACACCCCAAGAAGGACUUUGUUUUCUGCCUCAGUAACUCUCUGGGAGAUGCCUUUCUGUUCCAGACAUCUGGGCAGACAGAACUGGAAAACUGGAUCACGGCCAUCCACUCGGCCUGUGCCACGGCCGUGGCCCGGCAGCACCACCGGGAGGACAACGUGCGCUUCCUGCGCUCCGAGAUCAAGAAGCUGGAGCAGAAGAUCGACAUGGAUGAGAAGAUGAAGAAGAUGGGAGACAUGCAGCUCUCGGCCGUCACUGACGCCAAGAAGAGGAAGACCAUCCUGGAACAGAUCUUCCUGUGGGAGCAGAACCUGGAGCAGUUUCAUAUGGAUCUGUUUCGCUUCCGCUGUUAUCUGUCCAGCCUGCAGGGCGGCGAACUCCCCAACCCCAAACGCCUGCUGGCCUUCGCCUCCCGCCCCACCAAACUGGCCAUGGGCCGCCUGGGCAUCUUUUCCGUCUCUUCCUUCCACGCCCUGGUUGCAGCGAGGAUGGAGAGUGGGGUCCGGAAGCGCACGCAGGCCUUGUCCCGCUCGUCCAGCAAACGCAAGAGCCGCUUCUCCUCACUGUGGGGUCUGGACACUACCUCAAAGAAGAAGAGCAAAGGCAGACCCAGCAUCAACCAGGUGUUCGUGGAUGGAGAGGAACCAGUGAAGAAAAGUCUGGAGCGCAUGUUUGAGGAUCCAGCCAAGGAGAGCUCGAAGGAUCAGAGAGGCUCCAUGAAAAGCCUUCCUCAGCAAAAUGCAGACAGCGAGGUUUGGCUCCCUGACUACCUCACACCAUCCUGGCUAACUCUGCCCAACGAUCAGCCUGUCCUGGCCAUCAUACAGCCAGGAGAGACCACCAUGGAAGCGUUGGAGGCAGUGUGCAAGGCCCACAGCCUGGAUCCUUCCAAGCACUAUCUCCGCCUGAAGUUUCUAAUCGACAAUCAAGUGCAAUUGUACGUCCCUAACCCUGAGGAGGAGCUCUGGGACUUGCUUUACAAAGAGAUUGAAAUUUGUACCAAAACUACCAAAGUCAUCCAGUUUGACAGAGACGAGUCCUGCACCAUCGGCUAUGGCUUCUCUGUAGCUGUGGUGGAUGAGGACGGCAUUCAGCAGCUCCAUAUCACAAAUGUAAAGGCUGGAGGCUUGGCCUUCACGAAAGGUCUGCGAGCAGGUGAUGAGAUCCUGCAGCUGAACGGUAAAGACGCAAGUGUGUUGGAGUUGUCGGACAUGAGGGCAGCGUUCUCUCUGCCCUCCCUCACCCUCACCGUCAGCACACUGCCCACGUCUGAGGCUGGCCAGCACUGCCCACUGCUGCCGCGUCGCUCGGAUACACCACGCCACCUCUGUACAGACAUCUUCUCCCAAAACCAAGAGGACAUCCUGGAUGAGGCCUCUGGGCUGGUGUUGGAGAGUCCAGACCAUGAAGGAGUGGACAUAAGGGCCAGUUUAGCCACAGAGAGCGCUGGAGACGGCCUGGGCGACGAGCCGGACGCUGAGACUGUACACAAGAGUACAGAGCAAGUGACCGCGUUCUGUCGCAGCCUUCAUGACAUGAAUCCCACCGAGACCCUGCCGUCCUCCUCAUCUUCCUCCUCCUCCUCCUCUUCCUCAUGCAUACCCAGCCCCAUCUCACCCGUGCCCGCACCCGCCACCCAGCGCCAGCUGUCUGACACAGACAAACUCUGCAAGGUCAUAAGUGAGCUGGUGGACACGGAGCGCACCUACGUUAAGGAUCUGAACUGUUUGAUAGAGAGAUACCUAACACCUCUGCAGAAGGAAAACUUCCUCUCUCAGGAUGAGCUGGACGUUCUCUUUGGGAACUUACCAGAGAUGGUGGAGUUCCAGGUGGCGUUCCUGAAGACUCUUGAAGAUGGAACCAGACUAGUUCCAGAUUUAGACAAGCUUGAGAGAGUGGAUCAGUUCAAGAAAGUGCUCUUCUCGCUCGGUGGCUCGUUCCUCUACUAUGCGGACCGCUUCAAACUUUACAGUGCUUUCUGUGCCAGCCAUACGAAGGUCCCUAAAGUCCUCACCAAAGCUAAGACUGACCCAGAGUUUAAGGCGUUUCUGGCUGAGAGGAAUCCCAGGCAGCAGCACUCGUCCACUCUGGAAUCGUAUCUGAUCAAGCCCAUCCAGAGGGUGCUGAAAUACCCUCUCCUGCUGAGAGAGCUCUACUGCCUCACUGACCCAGACAGCGAGGAGCACUACCAUCUCAAUAUUGCGAUUAAGACCAUGAAUAAAGUGGCCAGCCACAUCAACGAGAUGCAGAAGAUCCAUGAGGAGUACGGAGCUGUGUUUGACCAGCUUAUCAGCGAGCAGAGCGCAGACAAGAAAGAGGUGGCUGAUCUGUCUAUGGGUGACCUAUUACUGCACGUCACUGUGGCCUGGAUCAACCCACCAUCAUCUCUGAUGAAGGGGAAGAAAGACCCCGAGCUCGCUGCUUUCGUUUUCAGGACAGCCGUCGUUUUUGUGUACAAAGAUUGCUCCAAGCAGAAGAAAAAAAUCGGAACUUCUCACCGAGCUUCAGUGUCUGAUGAGCGAGACCCGUUUCGUUUCAGGCACAUGAUCUCCACGGACGCUCUCCAAGUCCGCACCCCCACCAAUUCAGAAGGAACGUCAAUGUGCGAGAUUGUUCAUGUGAGAUCAGAGUCUGAAGGGAGACCAGAGAGGACCUUCCAUCUCUGCUGCAGCUCUCCUGAGAGCAAGAAGGACUUCCUGAAGACUGUGCACUCCGUCCUGAGGGACAAACAGCGUCGGCAGCUGAUGAAGACAGAGAGUCUGCCUCUUAAUCAGCAAUACAUUCCAUUUGGAGGGAAACGCCUAAGUGCUCUAAAAGGAGUCCGGCCCACUAUGAACAGAGCAGUUUCAGCUCCGCCUCGAACCCUCGGCCGCAGGAAGCUGAUCCGGAACCGCUUCACCAUCGACACGGACGUGGUCUUUGACAACGGCUGCAGCCAGGAUUCGACCGCUUCUGCGGACUCUCCACCUCAACGACAGCCUUCGCCACCCCGGAACACACGGGACACUGACCGCUGGGUGGAGGAGCAGUUUGACCUGCAGCUGUAUGACAAGCAGGCAGACGUGAAGGAGACAGACAUUCUCAGCGAUGAUGAUGAGUACUGCGAGUCCGUCAAGGGUUCCUCAGCUGAGCUCAGCCUUGAAGAGUCUUUUGAGGCCCUUAUCGCAGAAGGUGAGGAAGAGGGGGAGGAAGAGGAAGAGGAGGAGGGCGAAAAAGAGGAAGAUGGUGGCCGGAACGGAGGCUCCGAGGACAAGCCGUCCCUCAAGCUGCCCGAGAAGUCCCACGGCCCGUUGAGGCUGACCCCGCUGCGGAAGCAGUGCGCUGUGGAGGGCGCCGCAGCCGAGAGGGAACGGGAGGUCAUCUGGGUCCGCAGAGAGGAUUUCAACAGCGGCUGCAACAGUGACAUCUUCUGAGUGGAAGAGAGCGAGGCCGUGGGAAGGCCUUGUUUAUAUAAGCAUGGACGCCAGACAUAGGAGCCAGUUUUCAAGCCACAGAUUAAGCUUACUUUUGGACGGAACGUCAGUGGGAUCUCCGUUGCCAGUGUAAAUAAAUUGGAAAUGACGACUGAGCUCAAUCUGUGUCCCAUAAGCUUUAGAGAGGACUGAAAUGCUUUCAUCAGCCUUUAUCAGACGUACUGUGCAGACACUACUUCCAGAUAGGGGUGCGGGAUCGGAAUGGGCCAGGAUUGGAAUCUAACCCUCGAUUUAUUUUUAUUUUGGCCGAAGGCCUUAAUAAUUUUAUGACGUAAAGGUUGUGAGCCAGCCAAGUGCUUGUUUUAAGUCUAGUCUGGGUUUUCAUAUCGCCUGCAAUGUGCAAGUUAAACAGUCCUAUUAUCUUUAUUGGAGCUUAGCAAAACACUUUGGCCAAUAAAAUGGGACAAAAAUUUGGCCAACAAAUAAAGAAAUUGGAAUCAGCCAUAAAAAUUCACGAUCAGUGCGCCCCUACUUCCAGACAAUCCUACAGGACAAACGUUCUUAACUUAUUAACCAGUACGUGGAGCCUAUACGUGGAUGGACUCAAGCUGCUGAUGGACUCAGUAUGGGCGCAGCACCUCACCCCGCCACCUGACAUCCAGCCUGGACUUCAUAUAGAUGUUGACAGUGACCUACUGUCCAAUCAUGUUAUCUAUAGAUCCUCCACACACUGACAUGGUGCAAAGGUAUGCACUCAUAACCUGUAGGCAGCUACACUUCCAUUCAUUGAACAUUUGUUGCCAAAAUGACUAUUUUUGCAAAAAACGCUAGGAGCAUGGGUCUUUCCUUCUUUUUUUUUGGCUUUUCGACUGCUGUUCACUUGUGCUAUACUCAAGGGCUGUGUGUUCUGUCAUGACAUUCAGGGGCCUGUGGCUAAAGACUGGCUAAAAUUGACGCAAGCCUUAUUUUGAAGCGCAGACGACUUCGUCCAGAGCACAAAAGCAUAAACUUUAGUAUUAAGUUCGCACUCUCUGUUUACUAUUUAGCAUGUCCCAAAACAGUCUUCGCUCUUUCUUUCCUUCUGUUCCUCAUUGGCUUUACUGUUUACCCAAUAGUCCAGUAUUACCCAGCCCUAAUCACUGAAGGGAUGUUUUGAAUUAUUAUUACUGAUCCUGCUGUACUUGAAUUUCAUGUCAAGGUUGUUUAGAGACAGUGUAACGCCCUGACCUUUCAGCCCUGUACACUGCAAUAAUGUGAGUCCUCUUAUUUUGUGCUUCAAGGUACACAAAUCAUCACGAUUUCCCCCUUUUUUGAUGUACUACUGAAAGAAACAGUCACUCAAAGUCAACACAGACUUUGUAUACCGUAUGGUAUGACAUCACCGAUCAGUGCACAUAGUGUCAUGAACUGCACUUAGCUGUUUAUGAAGUAGCACUGAGUGUCUGUGAGAUCAUUUUAAUGGCUGAUAUGUGAAAUAUAAGGACCUUUUGGACCUUUUUAUGAUGUUUUAUACACCGCUUGUUUAGAUCAUGGUGGAAAUAACAUAUUACUGAAAGAGAAAGAAAGUAUAUUUUUAACGUGAGCGUGGAGGACCACCCUCCUGUUGUGAAAUGCAAUCACUUACUGUAUCUGUAGUUUUUAAACUUUUUGGCUUAGAGAGAUGUGACUGUAAAGAUUCCUUAACUUUUGCCCUUUGCAUUUUUGAAGCCGUGUAUGUUCAUAGGUUUGUGGACUAUUGUUCUCCUGAAAUAAAUUUUCCUUAUUUAUA